AACCUAUCGUUUUGUGUCAUCUGUGCCGAAAGAUCAAUCAAAUAAAUAAUUUAAGUCUAAGUUUAAAGAAUAACUAAUAAGUAUCUUUAAAAAUGGAUAGCAUAAUUGGGCGCAGUCAGUUUGUCUCAGAAACGGCUAACCUAUUCACAGAUGAAAAAACCGCCAGCGCACGAGCAAAGGUGGUUGAGUGGUGCAACGAGUUCGCCACGGCUCCAGCUACAACAAAAUGCGAGUUGCUGGUGAAAGUGCAGGAAACCGUUCUCAGCUCCUGCGUGGAGCUAGCCGAAGAGUUCUUGGAGCCAGUGCUAUCGUUGGCCCAUGAUCAGAACAUGGAAGUGCGAAAGCAAGUGGUUUGCUUUGUGGAGCAAGUAUGCAAGGUUAAAGUGGAGCUGCUACCAUACGUGAUCAACAUCAUUUCCAUGCUCUUGCGAGACAGCUCGGCGCAGGUCAUUAAACGAGUGAUUCAGGCCUGUGGAAGCAUUUACAAAAAUGGUUUGCAGUAUUUGUGCAGCCUCACGGAUCCCAGCGACAGUGCAGAGCAGGCAUGGAAUAUUCUUAGUUUAAUCAAGGCACAAAUUUUGGAUCUGAUUGACAACGAAAACGAUGGCAUACGCACCAAUGCAAUUAAGUUCCUAGAGGGCAUCAUAGUCUUGCAGAGCUUUGCCGACGAGGACAGCCUCAAGCGGGAGGGCGACUUCUCCCUGGCCGAUGUUCCCGACCAUUGCAAGCUCUUCCGUGCCCAGAAGUUACAAGAGGAGGGCACCAACAUAUUCGACAUCAUGUUACAGUUCCACGGCACAACGCACAUAUCUUCUGUGAACCUGAUUGCCUGCACCAGCAGCCUGUGUACGGUGGCCAAGAUGCGACCCGUUUUCAUGGGAGCCGUUGUGGAGGCCUUCAAGCAGCUCAAUGCUAAUCUUCCGCCAACGCUCACUGACUCCCAGGUUAGCUCUGUCCGGAAGAGCCUCAAGAUGCAGCUGCAGACGCUGCUGAAGAACAAAGGGGCCUACGAGUUCUCUGCCACUAUACGAGGCAUGCUAGUGGACUUGGGGUCCACGUCCAAUGAGAUACAGAAACUGAUACCCAAGAUGGAUAAGCAGGAAACGGCUCGACGCCAAAAACGAAUUUUAGAGAACGCCGCCCAGAGUCUGGCGAAAAAAGCGCGAAUUGCCAGCGAGCAACGAGAGCAGGAGACGCGGGAACUGGAACUCGACGAGGAAGAGCUGGAGCGCCAGCGACAAAAAUCCACCAGAGUCAACGAGAAAUUCCUGGCCGAACAUUUCCGGGCCCCAGAGACGGUGGUCAGCCUGGUCGUCGAGUUUCUGCCUGGGCUGCCAGCUGAGGUGCCGGAAAGAUUUCUUGCCGAGUACACGCCCAUCAAAAAAAUGUCUCUGCAGCAGCAGGUUAGCAACAUAUCGCGGAUCUUUGGCGAGCAGUUGACUGAAAAUCGCCUGGGUCCAGGCGCGGCUACAUUCAGUAAGGAGCCGCCCAUGAGGGCCAAGGCGAGUCGAGAAGUAGCUUCUGCCACUGAGAUCCCCUUGGUCACCGAAAUGGAGGUGGAUGAAGAUACCGAAACGGCCCGUAAGUUGAACGAGGAAGAGCUGCAGCGCAAGGAAGAGGCCACAAAGAAGCUGCGCGAGACCAUGGAACGGGCAAAGGGCGAACAAACUGUCAUUGAGCGGAUGAAAGAGCGGGCGAAGACGCUGAAGCUGCAGGAGAUCACCAAACCCCUUUCCCGCAACGUAAAGGAAAAGUUCCUGUUGGAUGCAGUCAAGCGCAUCCUGAACUCGGAACGGCAGUGCGUCAAAGGUGGAGUGUCUUCCAAGCGCCGCAAGCUGGUCACUGUCAUAGCGGCCACAUUUCCAGACAAUGUGCGCUACGGCAUCAUGGAGUUUAUUCUGGAGGAUGUCAGACAGCGCAUAGAUCUUGCCUUCUCCUGGCUCUUUGAGGAGUACUCCCUGCUGCAGGGUUUCACCAGGCACACCUAUGUCAAGAGGGAGAACCGACCCGAUCAUGCCUACAACGAGCUCUUGAACCAGCUCAUCUUCGGUAUCAACGAGCGCUGUGAGCACAAGGAGAAGAUAAUUCUGCUGCGCCGCGUGUAUCUGGAAGCGCCAAUUUUGCCAGAAAAUGUCGUGGGGGACCUGGUCCAGCUGAGUCUUGUCGAUGAGUUCUCACAUCAUGGUCUGGAUCUGAUCAAAGAUCUGGCUGUACUGCGGCCACCGAGGAAAAAUCGCUUCAUACGCAUUCUACUCAACUUUUCUGUACACGAACGUGCUGAUCUGCGGGAGCGUUCUCAGGGCCACUUGGUCAGCCUGUACCAUUUGCACAAGAUUCUGCCGGCAAGAAUCGAUGAAUUUGCCCUAGAAUGGCUGAAAUUUCUUGAACAGGAGAGGCCUCCGGCGUCCAUUUUCUCACAGGAAUUUGGCCGGCCCACCGCAGAGACAGACUGGCGCGAGGACACAACCAAAGUGUGCUUGGGCCUGGCUCUCACACUGUUGCCCUACAAACCGGAAGUUUACGUUGAGAAAAUAUGCCAAGUUUUUGUGACUACCUCCGCGGAGCUGAAGCGCACGAUCUUGCGCAGUCUGGACGUUCCCAUAAAGAAGCUUGGCGUUGAGAAUGCCACUCUGAUGCAGUUAAUAGAGGAGUGCCCAAAGGGAAUGGAGACACUUGUGAUCCGCAUCAUCUAUAUACUGACAGAGCGAGUGCCGACACCUCCUGUGGAUCUAGUGCGACGAGUGCGAGACCUUUACCAGAGCAGGGUUCAGGAUGUGCGUGUAAUGAUACCAGUGCUGAGUGGCCUAUCCCGCUCCGAGCUUAUCAACGUGUUGCCCAAACUAAUUAAACUGAAUCCGGCUGUUGUCAAGGAGGUGUUCAAUCGACUGCUCGGCAUUGGGGCCGAGUUUGCCCACCAGACGAUGGCCCUGUCGCCCACUGACCUCCUGGUGGCCCUACACACCAUCGACACGAAUGUUUGUGAUCUAAAGUCUAUAGUAAAGGCUACGUCCAUUUGCCUGGCUGAGCGGGAAUUGUACACACAGGAGGUACUCAUGGCUGUGCUUCAGCAACUAGUGGAAGUUGUUCCGUUGCCAACCCUGAUGAUGCGUACCACGAUCCAGAGUCUGACGCUCUAUCCGCGACUCUCCAACUUUCUGCUGAAUCUGCUGCAGAGGCUGAUAAUGAAGCAGGUCUGGCGGCAGAAGGUCAUCUGGGAGGGUUUUCUCAAGACGGUGCAGCGCCUCAAGCCGCAGUCUCUGCCGAUUCUGUUAAAUCUUCCGCCAGCGCAGCUUCAGGACGCGCUCCAGCAGUGUCCCGAUCUGCGACCUGCUUUGCUGGAGUAUGCAGAAAGCGUGCAGGAUGAGCCAAUGAAUGGCAGUGGUAUUACACAACAGAUAAUGGACAUAAUCUCAGGAAAGGCGGUAGAUGUAUUCAUCACGGACGAAAGUGGUGGCUACAUGUCGGCGGAUAUGAUCAAAAAGGAGGUGCAGGACCCCUCGGACAUCUGCGUGAUUUCCACAGUACCGGUGCUGACGUCUCUGACGCCCUUGCCCGUUCCAGCGCCCGUCUCGAGCGAUCUUAACCAGCCCUUGCCGCCGGGCGAGGACUAGGGCGAAUAGGCGUAGGGGCGAAAUAAUAAUUGUUUUGUUUGCAUUCAGAUAAGAUUCUUCACUUUAAUAAGAAUAAGACAAAUAUUUCACUUAGA